AUGGCAAAUAAUACGAAUGACUUUGGCAAUCCUUUAAAAAAAUUUAAGCUUGUAUUUCUUGGAGAACAAAGUGUUGGGAAAACGUCACUUAUUACUCGAUUUAUGUAUGAUACAUUUGACAAUACUUAUCAGGCAACAAUUGGUAUCGAUUUUUUAUCAAAAACAAUGUAUCUUGAUGAUCGAACGAUUCGACUUCAAUUAUGGGAUACUGCUGGACAAGAAAGAUUUCGUUCCUUGAUUCCAAGUUAUAUCCGAGACUCUUCUGUUUGUGUUGUGGUAUAUGAUAUUACAAAUAAAAAUUCUUUUUUGAAUACAUCCAAAUGGAUUGAUGAUGUUAGAGCAGAAAGAGGGCACGAUGUGAUUAUUGUAUUAGUAGGAAAUAAGACGGAUUUAAAUGAUAAAAGACAAGUUACCGUAGAAGAAGGGGAAAAAAAGGCAAAAGAAUACAAUGUUAUGUUUAUAGAAACAAGUGCUAAAGCAGGUUAUAAUGUUAAAGCACUAUUUAGAAAAAUAGGACAUGCGCUGCCUGGUAUGGAUGGUCAAUCAGAGGAUGGUCAACGAGAUCAAUUAACAAAAGUAGAUCUAACAGAUACAUUUGCACGAAAGGAAGAAGCAACUUCAUGUGCAUGUUAA